AUGGCGUUUGCUGGGACAAAUGGCAGUUUGUCCCAGCCAGAUAUAACGCAAAAACUGACGGAGCGCAUAGAUGAUCUGAAGCAGAGAAUCGCUGCUUGGGGAAAGCGGAUUCGGCGAUAUACCGAGAGGUCGACACGGUUCAACCAGAAUCGUCUCUUCCAGAGUGAUCAGAAGAGGCUCUAUGAAUCAUUGGAGCGACCAAUGGUAAGUGGAAUGGGGUCAGCACCGAAUCAGGCCGACGCUGUAGCAUUCUGGCGUGGCCUGUGGUCAGAGCCCGUAAACCACAGCGAGGGUCCUUCGACGGAAGUUGUGGCGAGUCAGUGUGCGAGUAUAACGCCCAUGGACCCCGUCAUUAUAACACCGGAUGACGUAGCUGAGGCGGUCCGUGGGCCCUGA